AUGGUGCUGCACAAUCCAAACAACUGGCAUUGGGUCAACAAGGACGUUGCACCAUGGGCCAAGCAGUGGUUCCAGGACAACCUCACAAAACUCGAAGUACAGGAUGGCGAUGUCACGGCAAAGGUUAGCAAGGUUGUCAGCAUGGACGGCGACGUCGACGUCAGCCAGCGCAAGGGCAAGGUCAUUACCAUCUUUGAUGUCAAGUUAGUUCUUGAGUACUCAGGUAACAUUGCCGAUGGCGAGGAGGUCACUGGAACGAUCACUAUCCCCGAGGUUGCCCACGACACCGAGGAGGAUGAGUUUGUGUUUGAAAUCGACAUCUACUCCGACUCGAAAGAGAAGCAGCCAGUCAAGGAUACCGUCAGGUCCAAGCUAGUCCCGAAGCUGCGAGCAGAGUUCGUCAAGCUGGCCCCGGCCCUUAUUGCCGAGCAUGGCAAGGACAUCCAGCAUGCUCCCGGCUCAAACCCCUCCAGCGGCUUCUCUACACCCAAAGUUCACGCACCCAGCGGGGCAGCAGCAGCAAAGGCCGCUUCCUCGACGACAACAGCCCAGACCAAUGCCACCGGCAGCGUCGUCAACACAACAACGGUGACGGACCAAGAAGAGUUCCGGACGACCGCCGCAGAACUUUACCAGACCUUUACCGACCCGCAAAGGUUGGCCGCAUUCACGCGCGAGGCCCCACGGGUGUUCGAGGGCGCCAAGAAGGGCGGCAAGUUUCAGCUGUUUAGUGGCAACGUCGAGGGCGAGUUCCUGGAACUGCAGGAGCCGACCAAGAUCGUUCAGAGCUGGAGGCUGAGGCAAUGGCCCGCGGGCCACUUCUCCAAACUCGAGAUUGAGUUUGACCAGAACGACCGAGAGGGCGUGACGACCAUGCGCGUCAACUGGAGCGGAGUACCCAUCGGACAGGAGGAGGUGACGAAACAAAACUGGCUCGAGUACUACGUGCGGAGCAUCAAGAAGACUUUUGGCUUUACAAUGGCGUCCAUUAUAAAGAUUGCUCUCAUACAAAUGCAAUCCAAGCCCCUUGCGCUGGAACACAACUUUUGUAAAGCAUCUACUCACAUCCGCGCGGCGGCCUCCUCGGGCUGCCAACUGGCCAUCCUGCCAGAGUACCACCUGACCUCGUGGGUGCCUGACAACCCACGCUUUAUCGCCUCGUGCGCGGCGUCCGCUGCCUAUCUGGAGCGCUACCAGGCCCUCGCUCGGGAGCUCAACAUCCACAUAGUCCCCGGCACCAUCUGUGAAGUCCACAGCGCUGAUGCGCAGGCCUCGCGACCAGCGAAUGCAUCUUCGUCAUCAUCACCGUCAUCCUCCUCCUCCUCCUCCGGGCUCGAGGUCCGCAACAUGGCGUACUUUCUCGAAGGCGGCACAGGGCGAGUGCUCGGCGACUACCAAAAGAAAAACCUCUGGCACACGGAGCGGCCGCACCUGACGCCUUCGGGCGCCUCGGUGCGCCACGCGGCCUUUGACGUGCCGCCGUCGACGCUGGUGCCGACCUCGACGCUCCGGCCCGGCUCGCCACUCCGCGUCGGCCUGCUCGUGUGCUGGGACCUCUCGUUCCCCGAGGCGUUCCGGGCGCUCGUGGCCGACGGUGCGGACCUCGUGGUCGUGCCCAGCUGGUGGCUGAUGGACGACGCGGGCGAGGCCGGGCGCCUCAGCCGCGGCCGCAGCGAGCGCUUCUUCCUGGAGUCGGUGCCCGUCGCCAGGGCGUUUGAGAGCUGCGUCGCCGUGGCGUUUUGCAACGCCGGCGGCCUCAGCCAGGUCGCCGUCCCGCUGCUCGGGGCGCUGGGCAGGACGCCGCCCGUGCUGAGGAACAGCGUCGAGGCCGGGUUGGAGGACGAGGAGGAUGUGGUCAGUGUCGUAGAUCUCGACCUCGACGUCUUGAGGGUUGCGGAGGAUACGUACCUGAUGAGGAGGGAUAUGAAUGGCGAGGGGUGGCAUUAUGCUCCUGGGAGGCCUGGUGGUGAGUGA